CAUUAGCGAGAUCGUUUCAGGGGACGCCCCCCGUGGCGAUUGAAAAGUGAGAGUUGAUCGGCAGAAAGGCGGAGAUAGAUAUUUUCAAACAGUUUUUAUUGAAGCUUCGUAGCUAGCGGACGUGUCCAGCUACGAUCUCGCCCAGAGAACAGAGCCAAAAUGAAUGUGUCAAUUUUUGUACUAAUUGUGGGUGUCGUCUGCUUGGGGGCUGCGUCAGCAGCGCCUCAGUUGAGACAACGGAACGAGAAGCAGGUCCAGACGGUCGAGGAUGAGUUCCCAUACAAGGGGGCCACCAUUGAGGAAGUGGUUGUGGAGUCUGCGCUGUACAUCAAGCCCAAGGCUACACAGCAGAUGAGACGCGUACGUUCGGCAGAUUCAGCGGAUUCCCCCCUCCAAGGCAUCUAUGCGACCCACAAGCGGGUGAAGCGUGGCCGGAGAGGCGGUGCCACGCAGGUAGGCACCUCAGCAGGAGCUGGGGGAACUAAUGCCGGUGUUGUUGUCGGCGCCGGACCCGAUGGCGGCAAUGCCAAUGCCAAUGUCCAGCUGAAUCCGUUCGGUCCUCUCGGCCCCAGCGGCUUCAACCAGGAACAGGCUGCCUCCAACGGCGCUGCCCACAGCAACUACAACAACGGAUUCAAUGCCGGCUCCUCGGCGGCCGAUGCCCAGGCCCAGGGAUUCCAGUCGCAGACCGCUAAUGGCUCCUUCGGCGCCUCCUCCGCCAGCACAGCCACCCAGUCGCAGAACAUCAGUCCAUUCGGCAGCAACAAUGCCGCUGGAGCUUCCCUGAGUCAGGUCUACAAGCUGCCGAACGGCCAGACGAUCAACUUCAGUUCCACCAAUAGCUUUGCCAACAACGGGGCCAAUAAGGGGAGCAGUCACGGCGCAGCAGUGUCUGUGAGCCGCUAAUCGCUCGACAGCUGGGGAUCAAAAUCCAAUAUUCAGAUUUUUAUUUUCAGUGUGCAAAUAAACACUAAUUUUCGAAUGAAAUU